AUGAAUAGUGCAAAAACCGUCCAACACAUCAUGUACGGUGAGAGUGUACCAGUUACCAAAGCACCACCACCUUACUCAAGUGUGAAUUAUGAUGUGGAACUUCACAAGCGGCAUACAUUAUUUUGCGGAACUGAAGUGCUGCAGACACGUUUCUAUAACAGAGAAGUGGCUGUUGUUGUUAGAGUUGGUUACUUAACUACAAAAGGAGAGCUUGUGCGCUCAAUUCUUUUUCCAAAACCAAUGGGAUUUAAAUUUUAUGCCGAUUCUAUGAAAUUUGUUUUAUUACUUUUUGCUGCUGCUGUUGCUGGAAUGUCGUUCAGUGUCUACCUGUACAUGUCACGCCAUGCAGAUUUGGAAACUAUUCUUUUACGUACAUUGGAUAUCGUCACUAUUGUAGUGCCUCCUGCUUUGCCUGCUGCCAUGACAGCAGGAACUGUAUACUCUCAGAAUCGUUUAUCGAAGUUGGGUAUAUUUUGCAUAUCUCCUCCAAGAAUCAAUGUUUGUGGAAAGGUGAAAUUGGUAGCAUUUGAUAAGACUGGAACACUAACUGAGGAUGGUUUAGAUUUUUCUGCUGUGAUACCUGCAGUUAAUGGCACAUUUAGUGAAGUUGUGAAAGAUGCUUCACGACUUCAUGUGAGAGCUCCUAUUGUAGCAGCUAUGGCAUGUUGCCAUUCCCUGACACGAAUUGAUGGUGAACUUAAAGGGGAUCCUCUGGAUUUGAGCAUGUUUCUUGCUACUCAGUGGGUUUUGGAAGAGCCAGGUCCUGACACAUCAAGGUAUGACACCUUAUCUCCUACAGUUGUGAGACCUCUUGCUGUGAAACCUUUGGACUCAGAUGAUCUGGACAAGUUAACAUUGAUUGGUGGGCUUCUGGAGAUGCCAUAUGAAAUUGGUAUUGUUCGCCAAUUUCCUUUUAUAUCAAGUGCACAGUGUAUGUCUGUAAUCACUCGCGAUCUUGGAAGUCCAUUUAUGCGAGUCUUCUGCAAAGGUGCCCCUGAGAAAGUUAUAGGAAUGUGUUUGGAAAGUUCAGUUCCAACUGACUUUCAUCAAAUGCUAACGCAUUACACUUCUACUGGUUAUCGUGUAUUGGCACUUGCUUAUAGAAACUUGGAACCCUCUGUUACUUGGAGACAUGCUCAGAGAGUGAAACGAGAGCAGAUUGAAGUUGAUAUGUUCUUUGCUGGAUUACUUGUUAUGCAAAACACACUGAAGCCAGAAACAACUCCAGUUAUAAAACAAUUGCAGAAAGCUAGUAUCAGAUGCCUAAUGGUUACAGCUGUAAGUGUUGCUCGUGAUUGUGGAAUGAUUCCUAACGGUGACACUGUUGUCAAUUUGAAACUGGUGACUGCAGAAAGUAAUUCAGUUGACCAAGUUGACUAUGAAAUUCUUGGAUCAAUUACAGAAUCUGAAAAUGCAAAUCAUCAACAAACUCAGGUCAGUUGUGAUUGGCAUUAUGCUGUGGAUGGAAGGACAUGGACUCAUAUUCAUAACACUUUUCCUGAAUUAAUACCUCAAAUUGUUGCCAAAGGCACUGUGUUUGCUCGUAUGUCACCAGACCAAAAAACUCAACUGAUAGAAGCGCUUCAGGACCUCGACUAUGUUGUUGCUAUGGUUGGUGAUGGAGCAAAUGAUUGUGGGGCAUUGAAGACUGCUCACGUUGGAGUGUCUCUGUCAGAAGCUGAAGCUUCUGUGGCUGCACCAUUUACAUCUCGAUCAGCAAACAUUGAAUGCAUAGUGCACUUGCUAUGUGAAGGACGCUGUGCAUUAGUCACUAGUUUUGGUGUAUUCAAGUACAUGGCUCUCUACAGCCUUAUCCAGUUCAUUUCUGUCCUCAUAUUGUACAAACAUGGUUCCAUUUUGGGCAAUAUGCAAUUCCUGUACAUAGAUUUAGUUAUUACAACCAUUUUGGCUGUGGUAAUGGGUCGGACAGAGCCUUCUCCAUCACUGGUGGUUCAGCGUCCAUUGGGAAGCCUGUUGGCACCUAGUAAUAUGUUUCCUCUUUUCCUUCAGCUGGCUCUGGUACAGACCAUCGGUCCCAAGCGGUAAAAAUGACGAAAUGAUAGUUUGUUGGGAAAACACAGUUGUAUUUACUGUUAGUUGUUUCCAGUAUCUCAUUUUAGCUACAGUAUAUUCAAAAGGCCGUCCACAUCGAAAACCAUUUUAUUCUAACGGGCUGUUUUUAGGAUCUUUAAUCAUUCUUACAGUAUUCACCACACUUCUGUUAAUUUGCCCUUUGGAACCUUUGGCAAAAUUUUUUGAGCUGAAGCCCCUCUCGGAUAACUCUAACAGUUUCCGAUACUUCUUGCUACUCUUUCCGGCUGUGCAUUUGGCUUUAGCGUGCUUCAUAGAGUUGUGUCUUGCUAAACAAAAGUGCUCAAAAUUAUUCCUUCAUUGGCUACUGAGGAAGCUCAAACCAAAGAACAAUACAAGUGUGUAAUGAGAAAUGAGGAGAAUCCUAAAGAAUUAUGUGUGCAUAAAGUCCUUGCUGCAUAACAGAAUCUAAACUUACAACAUAUUUCCAACAAAAUCAUCAUCUCCUCUAAUAACCUUACCUCACCACCUGAAAAAUAUUUUUAGAACCGAAUUAAAGCCUUAAAGAUUACUAAAAGCAUGGCCCAUGUGAAACUGCAAUAAACUCCAUUUUAAUAAGCCUAUAUAGAUUAUAUAUAUAUAAUAUAUAUAUAUAUAUAUAUAAUGCCUUGCUUUGAGAUAUUCUUUCCAAUAUAGAUAUUCUUUAUUUUGUAUAUUAUAUUCUAUUGAUUAUCUCUUAUCAUUUUGUAUAAUGUAAAUAGUUGGCUGUAACAAACAAGGAAUACAUAGGAGUUCAUGAAAAGUAUACAUCUUUGUUAUUAAGGCAAUGUCUCUAUCUUGCUUUUCUUGUUAUUUGUGAUUACUUUUCUAUAUAUUUUUAAUACAAAAUUACAAAGUUCUGCAUCAAAUUCUGUUUUUGCAUAAUUUCUUUAUUUCAUUUAAAAUUACAGUUUUUACUGAUUAUGUAUGCUACCACAGCCCCUUUUUAUUCCUUGUCUGAACCAAAUUUCCAUUGAGUAUAUGUAAAUAUAAAUAGUUAAACUAUAAACUAGUACACUUCGGUGUAUCUGUUUUUCACUUGCCAAUUUUACUUGUGAUACAUUUUUAAUAUUGUGAUAUUCUUACAGAGCUGUUACACUAAAGAUAUUCCUAUAGUUUUUAUGAAUAUAAGAAGCAAAUCAGUCGAGAAGACGAAACAGGAUGGAAAGGCUAGACUCUGGGUAUAUAAAUCCAUCCCAUUCAGAGUAGUGGAUUACAUCUUCAUCAAACAAGAAACAAUUAGAUUAGAAAUGUAUUAUUUUUGUUAUUAAUACUCUUAUUUUAUUCUGAUUUGAUAUUUUGAAUUGUUUACUUGCUUUGUAGCAACCAUCUGUUUAAUUUCAAAGAUCUAUGAAGAAUUGUCAUAUUCUCUCGUAAUUUUAAUGCAAUAAUUAGUAAAAUAGGACACUGUUACCAGAAGUGGCAAAUGUUUUGAUAAUGCAGGGGUACAAUUUUUAUGCUUAUAAAAGCAUUAAUUAAUUGAAUAUCGAUCUGAAAUUGCCUAACAUGUUUGUAUUUUUACUAUAUUUACUCUGUUUGAUGACCUUUGACAUAUUGUGGUCAUUGGUAAUCUAAUCUUUUGAUAAUAAAAUUGCAGUUAUUAAACUGAUAAUAAUUUGCAUGUCGUUCGUAAUGUGCUGGAAUUAGAUUUGAAAAGUUAAAGAAUGGCAUGGUUUGAAGCUAUUUCACUUCUUUCAUGAUCUAAAUGCACAUAACCUCUUUGUGAUUUUUGGUCUUAUAUCACAUAAUUAUAUUUCAUAUUCUUCUAUCAUAUUUCUUGAGAGCUAACAUUUCAUUUAGGUACAUAAUUAUGUAGGGCAUAUUAAUAUGCUUGCAUAAUUUUCACUUAAUUAUCAUCUCACUGUUUGUUGAGAAGCAAUAAUAAUACACUUCUUUGACUCAUAUUCAUAUUAUGACAAAAUUUCAAACAAUAAAAACACAUUGCUAGUUUGUCUUGAGCAAACUUUUUAAUAGGGAUAAUUAUAUUUCAUGCAUCAUAGGGAACCUCACUUUAAUCAAAUAGACCAUGUACGUUUCUUUUUUUUAUGUUUCACUAGUUUCAAUGUGUUUGAAUGCACCUUUUUUAAACCAUUGAAAAAAAAAGAGAAAUUGUAUUGUACAUUUUCUUCACAAUGUUGUUUGUUUUUUUCCCUCGACAUUAAUGAUCCUUUUCUUUUGGGCCAGACUGCUUGUGGUGUUGAGUCAAGAAAAGUAGAAGCCAAUUGAAUUAUAUAUUCACAGAACUCUUGAGUGUGUUAAUUGUUCAUUACAUAGUUAUUUGGCAUGGCAAUGUAAUGAUACAUUUUGAGAAUUUGGAGGUAAGACCGGUUGUUUUAGAUUAAAUUAUUGCCUCUUCUAAUGUUUUAAAGAAUUUAGAAUAUUCUCAAUGUUUACAUAAUAUGUCAUAGUUAGUUUUUUAAAUUAGUAGACUUUUUAAUCGUACUAUUUAUAUAUAGUUGUGUUAUCGUAAAAAAUACCUGUAAAUAAAACAGAAUUAAUGCACGAGAGAGAUUUUGUUAAUAAUUGUUCAUCAGAAUUGAAAUUAUAAUCAUCUCCCAUUACUAAUACACUCUCAUUUAUUAUUGUUUUUCUGUACCUUGGUUUUCUUUUUCUUGUAAGCCUGCUCUUUUUUAAUGUUUUUUGAAGUGAAAUAGCUAACAAAAGUAUGGAAAUUGCAAAUUCAUUGCAAUAAAAUAACUUCCAUGACAACUUUUGCCUUACUUUACGCCUUUCAUGCUGAAUUGUAGAUAUUCACAUCUACAUAUUCAGACUAUGAAUUUUCUAGUGAUAUUAUGCCAAAGUAAAUAUUGUUUUUUACCUUGUACAAUAUUUUUAGUACAUAAUUUCUUAGAAGUACGUAAAUGUAUGCUUCUUUUGAAUCAUAUUGACGGUCGUGGAUUACUUGAAUGAGAAUCAAGUAGCUGUAACUAACCUUACAGCCUGCAACUAAUUAGUUUUCCAGAUUCUUUAUAAAUCCUUGUUCUUAUUGGAUUUUUGACGAAUGAAAUGUAUUUUUUGUAGUUGUUUCUUCCCGUAUUAAUUUGUUAUAUACAGGGCUAGGAUUUGUAGGUAAUUGCAUAUUUGUUCGUUUGUUACAAUGAGGCUUUUGUUUUACAAUUAUAAAUUAUGCUUUUUGAAGUGGUUUGAAACCUAUUUGAUUGACCAUAUUUGUCCCUAUAUCCAUAGUAAAUAUUUUCACACAUUUAAGGAAAACUCGCAUGUCAGUACACAUUUCAACAUUUUAUUCGCAAUAUGUUCUGUAUAGCCUUAUCUUUCAAAGUUAUUCUUCUGGGAAGAUUAUUUUCAAAUUUCAAUGCAAUUUAAAAUGGUGAAUUGGAUUUAGAAGUAGAUCUGGAUUUAACUUGCAAUAUAUUGCAAUGUUCAUGUUGUAUACUACAACUAGUGCUGACGUUGAGCGGCAUUUUAGCCAGUACAAAUUGAUAUUAAGAGACAAGGGAAGUUUAACAUAUAAAACAGGGCUUUAUAAUCCACUGCUUUGUAAAUGGCCAAUUAUCAGAAAAGGAUUAAGGAACUGUACUUCUAACGAUACAAUAAUGUUCAGUCUGUAAUUGUACAUGAAUAAAUUUUGUUCUACAGAUAAUACUAAAACUGAAUUCUUUGAUCAUUUAAUACAAGUAACUUAAAAAUUUGUCGAAUACAUAAAUUUUAAUACAUUUAUUCAAUUUUUAUCCUUAUUCGGCAGUUUUUUAGUCCAUAUGUAUGUACAUAUUUAAGUACAUGUUAUUCCGUAUAAAUCCCUGCCCUGGUUAUGAAGAUUGUAUUGUACCUGCUUAAAUAUAAUUUGUUGGAAGUAUUUUUCACAACCAAUUUAUUUAUAAAAGACAUUUAGAAGAAAUGUUUGUACAGAAAAACCUGUAUAUUUUUAUCUUGUACUACAUAAUUAAUUUGUAGCAACAGGAAACUGUGUUAAGCUCGUGGAUGAAAUAUAUAAAAGAAUUCUUUUUUUUUUUUUUUUUUUUUUU